GCUGCCGUCAUCGGGAAUUUUUAAAAGACGACGCGACUUAGUUUCACCAUGGAUAUGAAAACGGACACACAGAUAAUGCACAAGUUUGACGAGUGCAUGUUCCUAAACAGACUGGGCAUGGUUGUGCUGGGGAUCUGGCCAUUGGACGGACGAGCUCCGCGAUUACGAAUCGCAACAUCGAAAAUUAGAUUGGGCAUCGUAUACUUCUUUAUGAUGGUUUUGCUCUGUGUACAGUGGUUUGACAUGUACUCUCUGUGGGGUAACGUUGAAGCAAAUACCGAGACUUUCCUCUCGAACGCUUUUACUUUUGCGGUCAUGAUGAAACUCUCGAGUUAUGUCAAGUACGAGGAUACGUUCAGGGACAUUAUGCAAUCCAUGCGAGCGAACUGGCGGAGGGUAAUGAAUGAGGCUGAGCCGCACAACAAGGAUAUCAUGUAUAAUGCAACUGUGACUGCGCGAAGCCGAAGUAAUAAAUAUUUCCUGGUGACGGGAGCCACUGCGGUACUUUACAUCACCAUGCCGUUCCUGAGGGACAGUUCUUUUCGAGAUCGCAAGUAUCCAUUUUUUGGGAAGUACUAUUUCGAUCGAGAUUCCGACGUCGUCUACUUAGUGUGCUACAUGAGUCAGAUAUUGACGGGUUCAAUCAUUGGUUUGGCGACCCACGUAACCGACACCACUUUCCUCAUAUGCACGUAUCACUUCUGUGCGCAGCUGCAGAUUCUCCAUAAUGAUUUUAUGGAUCUUGAUUACGACGAUCAUUUAGUUGGGCGCAGCUACCUGAUUAGCCUUAUCAAAAGGCAUCAGGCAGAAAUCAGGAGCGCCGAAGCGUUGCAGUCAAUGUUCAGCCAAUCAAGCCUGCAACAGAUUUUGUUGAGCUGCCUAAUGAUCUGCGUUAACGGUUUCAAGCUGAUUGUCUCACUGAGUAAUCAAGAUGCCGACGUUGUAAUGUAUUUGGUGUGCUUAGUUCUUACCCUUCUACAAAUACUUUGUUACUGCGAGCCGGGCAACGAAUUAAUUGUUCAGAGCCAAUCACUCGACGAGGCGAUAUAUCAGUCCGCAUGGAUAAAAAUGGAUAAAAAUUCAAUUAAAAAUCUCAGCUUCAUUAUUCAAAGAAGCCAAAAACCAGUUGCCAUCACUGCUGGUUCAAUCUAUGAACUCUCGCUGCAGAAUUUCAUGCAGAUAGUAAAAGCAUCGAUGUCCGGUUUAUCAAUGCUCCAAGCAGUCUACCAUCGGAGAGACAAUUAAAAUUAUUUUUUUUAUAAUUUCAAAUCACUACAGUAA